GUGGAUUCAAUAAAUUUCAGACAGAAUACUCAGAGCAUUGUGAAACCAAUCUUGACAGUUCUUCUCCAACCAACUCUCCUCCUGCCUCUGUCCUUGGUCUGGGAGGACUGAGGAUAAGCUCUGAUUGCUCCGAUGGAGAAUCCGACCGGGAGCCCAGCAGUGCCACAGAGUCUGAUGGGAGCCCAAUCCCAAACAACCAGCCGGCUUUUCCUGUCCAGAUUCUUCCUUAUUUGUAUCUGGGUUGUGCCAAAGAUUCCAGCAACUUGGAUGUCUUGGGCAAAUACGGCAUCAAGUACAUUCUGAACGUCACUCCCAAUCUUCCCAACAUGUUUGAGCACGAUGGAGAGUUCAAGUACAAACAGAUUCCCAUCUCGGAUCACUGGAGUCAGAAUCUCUCCCAGUUCUUUCCUGAAGCCAUCGCUUUCAUUGAUGAGGCCCGUUCCAAGAAGUGUGGCAUUCUAGUCCACUGCCUUGCUGGCAUUAGCAGGUCUGUAACAGUAACUGUGGCCUAUUUAAUGCAGAAGCUCAAUUUGUCUCUGAAUGACGCCUACGAUUUUGUGAAAAGGAAAAAGUCCAACAUUUCCCCCAAUUUCAACUUUAUGGGACAGCUUCUUGACUUUGAAAGAACUUUGGGACUCAACAGCCCAUGUGACAACCGUUCGCCUGCGGACCAGCUGUAUUUUACCACCCCAACCAAUCACAACUUGUUUCAGCUGAACACAUUGGAGUCCACAUGAAGGAGAUUUCGUUGGGGGAACCUCAAAUCUUGAAUAGCUUCUCUUGAGCAUUUCAAAUUCAUUAAUGGAAAAAGUUUUUUCCCAGUCAGCUUUGAAAGAACUGGUUUCUCCAAGCAGAUCUACCUAGUUGCUGCUUCAUUGAAAAGGUGUGCCGUUUAUUACAAUUUGGAUGCGAAUCCAAAUGGUUCGGAAGAGUUACUUCUCAUUGACCAGAAUGAUUUCAUAUGGUCGACAGCCUGAUAUUCUGACUGCAGCUGUUACUGGCAAUAACUUUUCUAGUUGUACUUAGAGACUGAUACAGUACACUUCACUCAUGCACAUGUAACACACACACACACACACACAUACAUGUGUAUUACUGGAUCAGAGUGGGUUGGCUUGGUGUGGAAAGUAAAGAAGACUCGUGCACUUAGCAAACUUGACCAAUAAGUGUUGGCCUGAGACUGUUGUUUUACAUCCCAGUUUACUUUUUUUUUUUUUUUUUUAAAAAGAGGUAAUCUUAUACUCUUUCUUGGGUUCAAGCUCUUUUUCAAUAUGUACGUUCCUGACUGUUUGUACAGACCAGGUUGCAAAACCAGUAUUUUAUUCUGUUUGUGUUUGAUUUUAUGUUUUUUAGAUAUAAGAGAGAGAAAGAGGAAAAGAUUCAAAUGUUUCUAUUGACCAAAUGCAUUUUGCACACUCUGUAAAAGCCUCAAUAUGUU